AUGGACGGUUCAGACAAGCGCCGUUUGCUCGUCCUUGGCAAAUCUGCACGGCCGCGCUGCUUCAGAAAGCAAGAAUGCCUGCCUGUAGUGUACCGAGCAAACAAAAAAGCUUGGAAGACACAGCAGCUUUUUACCACUUGGUUACAGAAGUUUGAUGACGACAUGGUUGCAGAAGAACGGCGGGUGGUUCUAAUGCUAGACAACUGCACAGCCCACAACGAGCAGCCAAAGCUAACUGCUGUCAACUUGGAGUUCCUGCCUGCGAACACUAUUGCCAAGAGCCAACCUAUGGACCAGGGUGUCAUAGCAACUGUGAAGGCACACUACAAGAAGUGUAUCUGUGAGAAAGUCAUCCUGAACCUGCAACGGCAUGACCCACUUGAGGUGGAUUUGAAGGCGGCUAUCGAAAUGAUAACUGCCUCUUGGUGGCAAGUGAAAGCCACAACCAUAAGCAAGUGUUUUCGCAAGGCUAGAUUUCUGCGCAACGACUGGACCGUGCUGGACAUCGACACAGCCGACAAUGAGGAUGUGAACGCUGAAGACGUCUGGCAUGGCCUAGUCAGAAAUGACAUUGUUUUUGCGGAACACACUUUCGACGUGUUCCUCAAUGAAGAAGGCGACGAGAUCAACAUCUGCGAAGGAGCAACUACGGAUGAACAGAUCAUAGCAGCUGUAUGUGAUACUGUGGAGGAGUGCUCACUUGAGGACGACGGUGACGGGACGCCAUUAGAAGUGUCAUACAAAGAUGUGCUAGAAUGCGUGAGCAUGCUGUAA